AUGAGUGUCACAGACGAAUCAUUGGAAAAGCUAGACAGAGUGGAAGCUCGACUCCUAAAAUCGUGUGAUGUCAAAUAUGAAAUAAAAUAUGUCCCGGUUCGAUUCAAAAAAGGCGAUAUCUACACUAUAACAGUAAAACCAAUAGAGAAUGAAAACCAAAACGACGGAGCGAUUGUUCUGAUACCAGGACUUGGAGCAGGAGUCGCCAUGUUUGCACCAAACCUUAAGCACUGCGCUAUAAAUCACUAUGUACAUUCAUUCGAUCCACUUGGAUUCGGACGAUCAUCCCGACCUAAAUUCAACGACGAUAAUGCCAUUGCUGAGUUGGAAAUGGUCGAAGCCAUGGAAGAUUGGCGAAAAGCGAUGGGAAUAGAAAGAAUGUAUCUUGUAGGACAUGCAUUCGGUGGAUACUUGGCUAGUGCAUACGCCCUCGAGCAUCCUGAGCGAGUCGCUCACUUAAUUUUAGUGGACCCGUGGGGAUUUGCAGAGAAGGUAGACGCAAACGAAAAAUUGAUAAAACCAUAUGCAUGGAUGUCCUUUCUUGGCGGUGUCGCUGGAUAUUUUAAUCCAUUUUCUCCAAUGAGAUGGAUGGGCCCUUACGGACUUCGCGACAACGACAUCUACAAAUAUGUCUACUAUUUGAAUCUUCCCAACCCCACUGGAGAAACUGCUUUUAUGAACAUGACUUUGCCAGUUGGUUGGGCAAAACGACCGAUGAUUAGAAGGUUUAAUGGCAUCGACAAGAGCGUUGGAGUCUCGUUCAUAUACGGUAGUAAAAGUUGGGUCGAUCCGGGACCGGCUAUUGAUAUUCAAUCGACACGUGAAGGUUCAUAUGUAGAUAUCAAAAUUGUCAGAGGAGCAGGAACACAUGUCUAUGCUGAUGAUCCGAUAGCAUUCAAUAAGAUUGUUCGGGAUGUUGUUGAGGGCCGAUUGGAAAACCCUUCUAAUGAUUUUGAACUAGAAGAGUGCUUCCACUCUGAUUAG